AUGGUGCAGCAUCAUUACAGACGGCAGUAUGGGAUGGAACCACCGUUGAAACCAACUAUCCGGAAGGGGUUGAGGAAGUUCUUGGAGACAGGCAGCGUGCUUCAACGACAGGGAGGUGGACGGCCCUCUGUCAGUGAUGAGCGCAUGGUAGCCGAGGUGAAAGCAAAGGAUGGAUGGGGUGGAAUUGGAGUCUUCAGCCCUUCUACAAGCCUCAAGCCCGUCUACAAGGCGAUGUUUCCUUCUAUUAUAGACGAAAAGAACGGGAAGUAUGAGAAACUUAAGAAUGUGACUUGGGGAGGUAUACACAAUCGGGUAUUCGUCUUCAAAGGGCGGAAGACUUUCAUGGUGGAAACAGAUAACCCAAAGCAACUUCAACGAAGACGAAAACAGGCAUCCCUUAUGCAGUAUAUUCCGUCUCUCCGUUCCCGCGCACCAUUCUCCGUUUCUCGCCUCACUUGCCUCACUCCUUGUCGUGGGUCAUCAAAAGGAUUCUAUCUCUUCGGGGAAUUUCAAAACGAUGGAGAGUGGUCGCAAUCGAAUGCCGGAGCUUUUAUUCCGUCUUGCGAGAAAUGGUUCCCUCUUCCUCCAUUCGGGCUGAAGUUAACCAAGGUAGCUGGGACAUCUCUGGAAAACGGAACUAUUUUCCUCCUCGGCGGAGAACAUUGUGGGAAACGAAACAGGGUAGUAAAGUCUGUGUGUCUGUACGACGUCCGUGUGGGUAAAAGAUACUCGACCCUCCCAGAUAUCCCGGAGCCGAUAUGCGAAGCAGCGGCGACAGUAUUGAGCGGAAGACAACUCCUACUGGUGGGUGGAUCUCCGGACCAGGCUACUUCUUCCAAUCAGACAAGUGUGCUAGAUUUAAACAAUUUAAAAUGGGACUCAUCCUCUUCUUCAUCCUCCUACAUUCCUCGCCUACACUCACCCAGAAGAAGUCUUGGUCUUGGAAGAGACACUCUGGAUCAGGUCAUGGCUAUCGGCGGGAAAGGAAGUAAUGGAAAACCCUUAAAGACAAUGGAGGUUUUGGAGGCCGAUGGGGGAAAUUUUCCAUGGAGGUGGAAUGAGUAUCCCUUGCCUGACUCACUUGAAGCAUGUAUUCUUCCUAGCGUCUUCCUCUGAACAUCAUCUGUUUAUGAAGAAUGUGGAGAGACAUGAGCAUGGGAAAAGUAAAUAUGUCUAUCCAGCAUGCCCAUCAGAUUCCAUCGUGUGAUUAGGAGACUGGAAUCAUGUUAACAUACUUGUUUUCCUGUGGAUUUCAUGAAAAAAACCAAGCAAAAGGAUUAUCAUAUUGACAGCAUGAGGGCAAAACCGCAAAAAAUUAUG